UUAGGCAGCACUGAGUGGCACUGAUUGGCAGCACUGAUAGGUGGCACUGAUUGGCAUUGAUAGGUGGCACUGAUGGGUGACAUUGAAAGGCAGCUCAGAUGGGCACUGAUAUGUGGCAUUGAUGUGCACUGGUAUGCACUGAUAUGUGGCAUUGAUGUGGCACUGAUAGGCACUGGCACUGAUGAGCACUGACAGGUGGCACUUCUGGGGCCACACUGAUCAUCAGGGCACACUGAUCAUCACUGUCAGCGUGGCAGCUCGAGAGGAGAGAAAUGCCGAUAACCGGCAUU